AUGCAACAACAGAAAAGUAAUGAUGAACUUCUUAAUGAAUCUGCUCAAAGGGUUGUUGAAGAUAUCUCUAAAUUAAUGAACAAUGAAUUAAAUAUGGCUAGACAAGAUUUUAAAUUUUAUACUGCCGUUAAUAACGAAGCAAGUAAAAAAGUUGAAAAAAUAUCAGACAUUGUUGCCAGUAAUUCAAAGAGUGUCGAACUAAUUGAACAAAGCUAUAAUGAAUUAGAAGAAUACAGAAAAUAUGUAGACCAAUUAGAGACAACUUUAGACGGUAUUGAAUUAACUGUGGGACAAUUAGAUGAACAAACAAAAAUGAUUGAGGCAUCGUUCCGAGCAAUUGAAAGAAAAUUAGCUCAACAAGCAUUAAAAAAGUAA